AUGCUCGUCCAGACCACUGGAAACAUGCGGCUAAGCCUGGCGCUGAUGGUUGUGCUCAGCGUUGCAUCUUGCACUGUGAUGGCUGCACCGUUCGAGCGCGCGUACUCGGCGGUCGUGCUCAAGCUCAACGACGGCCGUACCGCACAAUGCAUCUUGCCAACCGCACCCUGGCUCUCGCGCAACCAGGCCGACAUGGUCUCAUCGCAUCUGGUCGCAAGCGGCAAAAUGGCAUGCAAAUCUGCACAAGAACACGCUUCCCACGACGGUAAAACGCUCCACUGCGAGGCUGGUCAGCUCGGCUCCACCGACGACGCUAUCACCACCCUGAAAUCUGCCUGCCACCAACACCAUGGCACUCAUGCCGUGGUCUGA